AUGCCAUCCUACAUUCCAUCUGAAGCUUAUUUCUUUGACAUCAUCAUCACUGUUACCGUCACCAUUACCGUGACUCUCACCAUUACCAUUGCUGUUAUCGUAACCGUAAUUAUCACCUUUAUCGUCAAUGUUACAAUCACCGUUAUCGUGACCCUAACUGUAAUCGUCACCGUUACUAUUACCAUUACCGUUACUAUUAUCGUAACUGUUACUAUCACCGUUACCGUUACCGUUACCAUCACUAUCAUUGUUACUAUCAGUGUCACCGUUACUGUCACCACUAUCGUUACCAUUACCAUUACCAUUGGAGUCACCGUCACCAUUAUUGUGACCAUCAUCGUCACCGUUAUCGUGACCGUUACGGUCACCGUUACCGUGACCGUUAUGAUCACCGUUACCGUCACUAUGAUCAUCACUGUUACCAUUACCGUUACCCUUAACAUCACCAUUACCGUUACCUUUACCCUUACCAUUAUCGAUGCCAUCACCGUUACCGUUACCAUUACUGUUACCGCCACCGUCACUGUCACUGUCACCGUUACCAUUAUUGUUAUAUUUACUGUUACUGUUACAGUUAUCGUCAUCGUUACCGUUACCGUUACCACUACUAUUACCGUCAUCAUUACCGUUAUCGUUAAUGUUUCUAUUAUUGUUACCAUCACCAUUAUCGUUACUGUUACCGUCACAGUAACUGUAACCGUCACUGUUACCUUGACCGUGAUCGUUACCGGAUCCAUUACCAUAACCAUCAUCGUUUCCAUCACCGUGACCAUCAUCAUUACAGUCACCAUUUUCGUUAUUGUUACUAUUACCGUCGACGUUACCUUACCGUUACUGUUACCAUGGAUGUUACCUUACUAUUACAGUUAUUGUUACCAUUAA